UGCAUAGUUUAACAUCUCUGUUUUUACCACUAACAUAUGGUGUUAUUACUUGCAUUUUCUAACGUUCGCUCAGCGUGUAAAGACUCUGAUGAUGAAGAUGUUCAAAUAAAUUCUAGCUGCAGCAAAGCAAGUAAUACAUUGUUGCAAUAUUCAGCAGCUGAUUUGCAAGAAGGGCAGGUGUCAACCAGAAGACGGCCACGUAAGAGCAUUUUGCAAACAAAGCCUAAUACGGAAAUCCAAUUUGAGACCAUCGCUGUAGAAAAUGGGGAAACGAAUCUCGUCGGAUAUUCAUCAUCUGCUCAGAAUUCAGCUUCACGAGGUUCAAAAGUAUUUAAAACAACCCCGAAAAUUUUAGCAGCGAAACCACCGUCAGCAUUAGACGUAAUUGACAAUGCUUGCGAAGAUUUUUUAAAUUGCUCUGAAACGAAAGACCUCAUGAACUCCAUCGCAGAAGAACGGGUGCGAAUUAAUUGUAUGUUAUCGUUGGCCGGCAUGCCCGAAAUAAACUUUUCAUUGUAUACUUUAUUCGAUCGUUUGCAAUUCCAAUUUGAUGAACGUCUAAAGCUACGUAAAAUGCGUAAUUGGGAUCCAACACAAGUGCAAGAAACUCGUCUUAACUUACAAAACAAUACAGACCAGGAGACAACGUAGAAUCUUUUAGUUGCCCUUAAAAUGUCGCAAACUAGUGCAGUGAUAAGAAUCGGGAAUACUUAAAUGCUUAGAAAUAAUAUACUAAAAAUAAAAGAGUGACUUGAAAUCAUAUCUCGAUCCAGUCCACCGCAAUAUUAGAUAUAAUUAUAAAAAUUUUACAAAAUUGAGGAAUAACAAUAUAAAAAAACUAUAAAUAAUUUACAAUAUUUUUAAAUGGGAAAUGAGGAGCGAAUUUAUCUAACCGAAUUCGAAAAUAAUGCUUAAAUGCCAUAUUAUGAAAUACAAUCAACGUCGAGUCCGGUUCAAGGACAGAUUCUCAAUUAACAACAGUUUAUAUCGUGGGUUUUUAGGCGAUUUGCGGAGUAUGGUUUUGGUUUAAGACUGUCACAUUUCCUUCGACAACAGCGAAUUCAAAUUUCUCCAUGCGUUCUCUAAAGUAACAAAAUUCGAACUUAAAGUACAUUGCAACAAGUGGUACACAAAAAAAAAAAAUAGUGGAAUUAGCAAAAUCCAAAGGUUGUGGCAAUUUUUUAGUAAAAGUAGAGAAGUAUUAUAAAGCAAUAAUAGGGCUUACUUUUCCCAAUAUGCCGUCGAAAACUAGUCGUUAUUACUAUCUCUUACGCAGAAUAUAAAUUAAUUGCGAAGCGGACAACUGGUCCUUUCCGAUUACAUACAGGAGAAUCUACACCUUGGUAUCACAAUUGAAAGAAUUCCACGAAAUAUCAAGAAACUAUUAACAGAAUCUUUCCCCUUAUAAAUAAUGAAAGCGAAAAAGCAAGCAGCCAAAUGGCUGUUAAUAAACAGCAUUACUGCUUUUGUUGGUAACAAAAGCAAAGGAAGUCUGGUUUGAAAUUGAAAAUAGAUCUUGGACCAUUUAAAAGUCACAAUUUUAUUCAACACCCGAGGUUAUUAUCUGUUCUCUCUCCUAGAAAAACGCUGAAUUAUAUUCCCGCAUUCAAUAACAAUAGAAUGUGCAGAAAUUAUAUCUGCAUUAAGGCAACUCCUAAACAUUCAUUACCUUAAGAAAAAAUGUACACAUUUUUUAACUUGCUUCUGUGUAUUGAGUUGCGUGCGAAAUCGUUCAAGUUCGUCAAAAUCGUUGUAACUUAUAUCUAAAGCCAUAAAGACGAAUCAAAUGUUCAAAAAAAAAACAAAAAAUUACACUAUAAUAAUGAUGCUUAAAAAUUGCAGAAUUUGUUGCGAAAAUAAUACAAAAGUAGCAUUGGCAUCGAUUGCAACUAUACUACAAUGUGCGACAAUUUUUUCGUCUUGCUAUAUGAGCUCGUCUUACAUCUUCGAUGUCGAAGCUCGGUGGAUCGUCUAAAAAAAACAGCGAAUUCUAUUGAUGUGUAUGAAAGUUGUUAUUACAGUAUUUAGUGUUUUCAACAGCUAACUACAAUUUUUGAACAUUUCUUUUGGUCGCUGCCGAAAGAAGCUGGGAAGAGUCGUGAACGUUCGUGCAGCGCUGCUGAACUCUUGCGACCACUACAAAAUGAAAGAACAUGGUUUGAAUACUGUAGGCGAUCUACGAAGGUGAUAGUAGUUAUGUUUGUAGGGAGGCACUUAAUUGAACCGGUUGGGUGAGGAAGUGAGAGGAUUGUUGGCACAGAACUUAUAAAUAUUAUAACAAACUGAUAAAUAUAAAGAAUUUUUAAAAGUUAAAUAAUUGUUGAAAGUAUUACUUCCUAUUUUGAUUUAGGAAUGAUUUUUCUGGAUCUUCUUUAAUAACCCGCAGCAAUUAAAUAAAAACGUCUUGUAAAUCGAUUAUGAUCAUAUCAAUAUUCAAAUUCAUUUAUUAUUUUAUGGCCUGACACAAAUUCUACGUAACUUUAUUUUCAGUUUAUUUUGCAUGCUUGUCAUUGUUUAACGCAUGUGGUUUGUUG